AUGACAACUCCAACCUUCCAAAUCCACUACUUCUCCUCCGCAACCACCUACACCGGCAAACAGACCGAAUCUCUCCCCGCACCACUACCCCUCAACCAGCUCUCCGAUGUCCUAGAGUCCAAGUACCCAGGCAUACAAGAGAAGAUAUUGAGUAGCUGUGGAGUGAGUCUGGGAGAGGAGUAUGUGGAUGUCACGGAUUGUGAGGGAGUGGUGAUUGAGGCGGGGAAUGAGGUUGCUGUUAUUCCGCCUGUUAGUUCGGGGUGA